AUGGAUCUCAUCAACCAGACCAUCACCCGGGAGCGCAUCGUCGAUGUGGCGUGCGCCGGCGGGGUCAUCCCUGCGGACGUGGAGGCCGAUCUCCUCAAGGUCGCGGUGUUCGACCGCCGGGAGGGCUUCAGCCCCGUCUUCGGCUUUGUCCGGGGCCUCAAGGCCGACAUCGGCGCGGUGGGCACUACCGUCAACCUCGACGAAUACACGCUCCUGGUGGUGGGCUCCAGCGACUACGACAUGGCCCAUUGCGCCAACCUGCUGCUGGAAUCCGGCGGCGGCGUCGCGUUGGUGGACAAGGGUCGGGUCCUCGAAGAGAUCCCGUUCCCCAUCGGCGGCCUGUUCUCCCUCGAACCCUGGCGCGACGUCGGCCAGAAACUCACCGCCGUGCAGCAGACCCUGAAACAGCGCGGCGCCGAGUUUCCCAAGCCCCUCUACGCCCUCUGCUUCCUGACCUUCGUCACCCUCCCGGAGUUGCGCAUCACUGGCCGCGGCUUGGUCCGCGCCAAGGAACGACGGAUCGUUCCGCUGGUCGUGGAGUGA